AUGUUGCGAAGAUUCCUCUCUCCUUCGAACCUCAAAUCGCUACACACAGCGCUCUCACCUUCUCGUCCCCGAUUCGCCGCCCCUCUUCUCAACCGCCACAUCACCGCUCAAUCAGGCGCUUCUUCCGUCAAAAAGAGGGUCGAAGAUGUGGUGCCAAUUGCUACCGGUCACGAGCGUGAGGAAAUUCAGGCCGAUCUCGAGGGAAGGGAUAUUCUUGAAAUCAACCACCCUGUAGGUCCUUUCGGCACAAAGGAAGCACCUGCUUUUGUUAAAUCUUACUACGACAGAAGGAUCGUUGGAUGCCCAGGAGGUGAAGGUGAAGAUGAGCAUGAUGUUGUCUGGUUUUGGCUCGAGAAAGGCAGGCCUUAUGAAUGUCCAGUGUGCUCACAGUAUUUUGAGCUGAAAGUGGUCGGACCUGGUGGCGAUCCUUAUGGACUCGGCGAUCAUCAUUGA